AUGACAAGAAAGUUCCCCACCAGUUCCUUCGAAGGGCACACCCUGGCCAAGGAUUAUUAUGUCAUGGGCACCCUCGGUGAAGGAUCCUUGGGAAAAGUCAAAGUGGCUCUCCACCUUGUGACCCAGACCCUGGUCGCCAUCAAAAUAUUGAAAAAGGGCACAAGUACCGAACCCCUGAUCAACUGUGAGAUUGAGCUCCUGAAAACCUUACAGCACCCUCACAUCGUCCAGCUGCUGCAGGUCAUCGAGACCAAGCAGAAAACCUACCUGGUGAUGGAAUAUGCCGCCCGGGGAUCCCUGUUGAAACGUGUCACUGAAUGCGGCCAUCUGGAGGAGGAUGAGGCACGGACUCUAUUUAGGGAGCUGACUCUGGCCAUCAAAUAUAUCCACAGUCACAAUAUUGCCCACAGAGACAUCAAGUCUGAGAACAUCCUACUGGAUUGGGAGGGGCACAUCAAACUCAGUGACUUUGGUCUGGGAAAAAGAUUCGCCUCUGGGGAAAAGGUCAAGGGCUUCUGGGGCACGACUGAAUAUUGUGCCCCCGAGGUGUUCGGUCUCACAGAAUAUGAAGGGCUUCCCACUGACAUCUGGAGCCUUGGAGUGGUCCUCUACCUUCUAGUGACUGGACCUCCCAUUCCAAGGCACAGAGCUCUCCAAGAUAAAGGCACAGAUUCUAUCCCGAAACUGUUGGAUCCCACAUCACCUCUCCCCAGAGCUUCAAGACCUACUAAACCAAUUAAUGACAGUGGACCCCACACAGAGGCCCCUCAUCGUGGAAGUCAUGGCACACCCGUGGCUGCGCCAUGA